AAAUGUUCACCAAAAGUAUGUUAUAUUAAAAUGUAUUUUUGGACAACAAUAAAGCCGGCUUUUAUUAAACGGCAAUGCCUUUUACGUUUAGAAGUGUUACGCAUGUCUUGACGAUAGUAUUUACGUUUUUAGUAUUCGAUGUCGGUGUUUUGACCUGCACUUAUUGUGGAAAAAAGCAUGCACCUUGUUGUUUAUUCAUAACGCUUCAAACGUGAUUCGUCCAAACCUGAAGGUCACGCCCGUCUUACUGGAUUUCUAGCUUGUGAUUGGAUUGACCAUACUCUGGUCAUGUCUCUCCAUGCAAAAAGUCGCUCGGAAGGCGGCGCUAAGCAUUGCGGGACAUGUAGUUUACGCGAGAAGCAUAUUUUCGUUCAUUCGACGUUUUGAGGGAGAAAAAAAACUACAUUGCCCAGAUGUGUUUAAAUAAGGCGGUGAGCAGCAGAUCUGUUGAAAUGUGACAGGUCUUGUUAGGGCCAUAGAGCUUCGCUAUGAACUGCAUGAUGACAGGAACGUGAGUAAUUCAUGUUCAUUUGUGAAUAUUAUUUUCGCUAUUUUGGUACAUAUAUUUAACCAAUGCAUUUACACAGAAAACCCGCUAAACAGAAAUAAUGAUUACUUUUUUGGUUUUACAAUUGUAUAUUUUUAAAUCCGCAUUCUCAUCACUUAUCCAGUCUCACCAAUUUACUUAUCGUUAUAACAAUGCAUGAUUUUUCAAAAUGACAUAUUUUACUUAUUUUGCAGCUCCAAUGCAAGUCAAUGUUUUAGUAGCACUGUAUAAAAGCUUUUAAAUAAAUCAAUAAAAUAUUAAAAUACAAUAGCAUGAAUGUUGUGACACUUGAAUUAAUGUAUUAAAAUACUUGUUAACCAAUAAAAUCUAAUUUACAUCAUUCAUGGUGUGUUGAAUUUAAAGGUAUUAAAAGGUGUAACUUUGUUAUAAGUGUCACUGCAAGUGUAACUUCUGUAGGUUUCAUACAGGUGUUUGCGUAGAAGGGGGGGCCCAUAUAAGACUGAGCCUGUGACAGAUCUCAGGCGCUGGAGGUUGAGUAAUGUAGAGGGCAGACAGACCUGGAGACUGAGUUUAUCUCAGAGUCCCCAGCUGCACAUACCGCAGUAGAUGCUGCACUGAAGGGAAUGGAUUUCUACAGCCGUCUGCAGGGUGAAGAUGGACAUUGGGCUGGAGAUUAUGGUGGACCCCUUUUCUUACUGCCAGGUCUACUUAUAACAUGUCAUAUUGCGAAGAUCCAUCUCUCGGAAGCAUGGAAGCAGGAGAUGGUUAGAUACCUGCGUUCUGUACAACUGCCCGACGGAGGCUGGGGCCUGCACGUUGAGGAUAAGUCUACUGUUUUUGGAACAGCUUUGAGUUAUACCACCAUGAGAAUUCUAGGAGUUGGUCCUGAUGAUCCAGAUAUGGUCCGGGCGAGGAACAAUUUGCACAGCAAAGGGGGUGCUGUUUGCUUACCCUCUUGGGGUAAAUUCUGGCUGGCCAUUCUUAACGUUUACAGCUGGGAAGGAAUGAAUUCUCUCUUUCCAGAAAUGUGGUUGUUCCCUUCCUGGGUGCCAGCACACCCCUCCACUUUAUGGUGCCACUGUCGUCAGGUUUACCUGCCCAUGAGCUACUGUUAUGCAGUCAGAUUGUGUGCUGACGAGGAUUCUCUGGUGCUCAGUUUAAGACAGGAACUGUAUGUCCAAGAUUACUCAACUAUUAACUGGCCAGCUCAGAGGAACAAUGUUGCAGCAUGUGACUUGUACACACCACACAGCACCUUGCUCACAGUCGCAUAUUGGAUCCUGAAUGUCUAUGAAGCUCAUCACAGCUCAAUGCUAAGAGAAAAAGCAGUGGAGGAGCUCUACGAUCAUAUCAAAGCAGACGAUCGCUUCACUAAGUGCAUCAGCAUCGGCCCGAUCUCAAAAACGUUCAAUAUGUUAGUCCGCUGGCAUGUGGAUGGACCCCAAUCACCUGCUUUCCAGAAACAUGUUUCUAGGAUUCCAGACUACUUAUGGCUGGGUCUGGAUGGAAUGAAAAUGCAGGGAACAAAUGGCUCACAGCUAUGGGACACUGCCUUUGCUGUACAGGCAUUUCUGGAGGCAGGUGCCCAAGAUAAUCCUAGGUUUACAGAGUGUCUCAGACAAGCCCAUCAUUUCUUUGAUCUGACUCAGAUCAAAGAUAAUCCUCCAGAAUAUCAAAAAUACUACAGGCAAAUGAACAAGGGAGGAUUUCCCUUUAGCACACAUGACUGUGGUUGGAUAGUUGCGGACUGUACAGCAGAAGGGCUGAAAUCUGUAAUGUUACUGCAGGAGCAAUGCAGUUUCCUUCAAAAACAAAUUCCCAGAGAAAGACUAUUUGAUGCUGUCAAUGUGCUGCUAAGCAUGAGAAAUCCUGAUGGAGGGUUUGCCACGUAUGAGACAAAGCGUGGAGGAAGACUCCUGGAGCUCCUAAACCCAUCUGAGGUUUUUGGUGAUAUCAUGAUUGACUACACGUAUGUUGAGUGCACCUCAGCUGUAAUGCAGGCACUGAAACACUUUCAUCAUGUUUAUCCUGAGCACAGAGCGGAGGAGAUAAAGUCAACUCUGCAUGAAGGGCUGAACUACUGCAGGAGGGUCCAGAGGCCUGAUGGCUCAUGGGAAGGGUCUUGGGGAGUGUGUUUCACGUAUGGUGUCUGGUUUGGUCUAGAGGCAUUCGCAUGUAUGGGCCACACCUUCCAGAAUGGGUCUGUUUGUGUGGGGGUGAAGCGUGCAUGUGACUUCCUGCUGUCUAAGCAGAUGGAAGAUGGAGGCUGGGGUGAAGACUUUGAGUCAUGUGAGCAGCGACACUACGUUCAGAGCAAGAACUCCCAGAUCCACAACACCUGCUGGGCACUGCUGGGCUUGAUGGCUGUCAGGUAUCCUGAUAUCAGAGUAAUUGAGAGAGGUAUUCAAUUAUUAAUUGACAAGCAGCUUCCCAAUGGAGACUGGCCUCAAGAAAAUAUAUCUGGAGUGUUUAAUAAGAGCUGUGCCAUCAGCUACACCUCUUAUAGGAAUGUUUUUCCUGUGUGGACAUUGGGCCGGUUCUCACGACUCUACCCCAGCAGCUCCCUGACUGGAAAACUCAAGCUGUGAUUCAGAUAUAUUUGCAUUUGUGCUCCAAAUAAGCAGUAGCUGACACAGCCUGAUCAAAGACUAUUUUUCUUUGAAACAAACCUAUUUGCUGCUUUUUAGAAAAUUAGGGAUGAUUGUUAAAGUCUAUAAAAAUAAGGCAUUAGUUUUUGUCAAACAGCUUGGCUUUUUAAUUACAUGUUUUUUCUGUACUCUUCUAAUAAAUAUUUUGUCAAAUAUUGGUUCACAAUUUUUGUAAUAUGAUUCUUGCCUUUUGUAUCUGUAGUCCAAUGAGAAAAAUGACAAUGAAAAAGAAAAACCUAUUUUUGAUUUUUGUCUCUAAUUAAUUUGUCACACACUCAAAAUGAAAGACCAAGCUGAAUGAAAUACACUGUGAAAUACAAUAUUAUUAAAUAUUAUGUUAUUAAGUGUCCUUUUUGUGAAUUGUACAUUUCGACAAAUAUGGUAGGAUAUUUAUCCACGCAUUUCAAACAUACAAAAAAGUCACCAACUGUGCUGUGUAUAUAUCCUGCAUACUGC